AUGGCUCUCUCGCGAUCUGUGUGCGCGCUCCUGGCGCUGCUGUGCGCGCUCACGCCGCCUGUGCGCGCGGCCGCGGGUCAGUACUGCCACGGCUGGGGCAGCUUCCCCGGAUUCCGCUGCCCCGAGCGCCACGACGGCGGGGACGCGCGCUACUGCUGCGGCACGUGCACCGUGCGCUACUGCUGCUCGUCCCCGAGCGCGCGCCUCGACCAGAGCACGUGCGACACGGAGCGGCCGUACGGUGAUGAGGACGGAGUUCGGACUGUCCAGCAAGGAGUUCCUACGUAUCUGCCGUUCGUCAUCGUGGUGGGUGCGUUCUUGUCCUUCGUUCUGCUGGGGACGAUCGUGUCCAUCUGCUGCUGCCAUUGCGUGAAGCCCAAGCCCACCGCUGGAUCACCCCCAGCCCAGACGAGCCUGCUGGAGCCCGUGAUCGGCCCCUCCCCAAACAGCUCCACCCCCUCACGUUCGUCCACCGCUGGGUCCGCCGGACCCCACCCGUUUGCGGCUCCCCAGCCGCAGCCCUUCGUUCCUGCCCCUCCUCCGCUCCACCAGGGGGCGCCGCAGUUCUACCAGCCGUUCCUGAACUACCCGCUGCCUCCGGAGCACACCAUGCUGAUGGCGCCGGCCUUCCUGGACAGUCGCUCUGCGUUCGGACAGCCGCACGGACAGCCCUUCCCUCAGGCCCCCAUGCACACGGAGCCCAUCUUCCCCACCGUCACCGUCUGA